GUUAAGCGAGGACCUACAUCGGUGCUCGAUCCCAGCUCCCCUCACUCUCUCUCUCUCUCUCGUUCUCUGUUGGAAGGAUUCGUUCAACUCUUGUGUUAGUCGGUACCGGAGCGUGAAUGAGUGGAAACACGUCUGUAAAUAUGUAACUUUCACUGUCUGGCUAACAGUAGUGUUUCUACCGGGGGAGGAAAGAUGGACUCUGUUGUGAGAAAAACCCAGAAGAAGUUGUGGCUCCGCGGUCUGCUUUGGUGGUCGCUCCUGCUCCAGGCGGCGUCGGGAGCUUCCUUCUAUGGCGAUGGCUUUGUACAGCUCAAGGCAACAGAGUCGUCCGACCAUAACAGUCUCCGCAUUAGCUUCCGAACCUCCAGCACCAAAGGCCUGCUGUUUCUCGCCGCCGGCAUGACCGACUAUUUCCUACUGGAGCUACAUGCUGGUCGCCUGCAGCUGAAAGUGGACCUUGGAUCUGGGGAGGAAGUUUUACAUUCAGACAGAGGCACCCAGCUAAACGACCUCGCCUGGCACUCAGUGGAGAUCCGCCAUGUACAGAACAACAUCACUCUGACUGUAGACAAGAACUCUCACACAAGUGUAAAGAUGCCUGGCUCCGGUCAAGAUCUCAACAUUUUAGACGGUCUCUUUGUUGGUGGAUCAGGAGGCCUGGACAGACCCUACCUUCCCAGAGACCCACUGGGCUUUAGGGGCUGCAUGGAACAGGUGAUCUUCAAUGAGCAUGACCUGUUAUUGUCACUGAGGCCAUAUACUGGAUUCAAGAAUGUCCAUGAGGUGUCUUUAGGAUGUAGUCCCCAAUUCUUUGCCACAGAGGAAGACCCUAUCAGUUUCUUUAGCUCCAGGGCUUACAUUUCUCUUCCUACCUGGAUCGCCCAGCAAGAAACAGUGUUUGAGUGUAUUGUGCACACUUCUGCCAAAGAGGGAAUAAUCCUGUAUAACUCAGCCAGAGAGGGGGACUUUGUGGCUCUGGAGAUUCAGGAAGGCUUGCCAGUGGCCAUCGUUGGGAAAGGUGGAACCAAAACUGAGCUUCGUUCCCUUACAUUCAUCAAUGACAGGAAAUGGCAUUCAAUCAAGCUGCAUUUCAGUUCCAAAAGCCUUGAGCUCACUGUUGAUGGCGAGGUGGUGAAAAGCAGCAUCAACUCUCGCUCAAAGGGGCUUCAGUUUAAAGGUUAUCUCUUUGUCGGAGGUAUCGAUGACAGCACCAGAUCAGAAGUCAGAAAGAUGGGACUGGUCUCUGUUUCUGGAAAGCGUGUCAGAGGAGGUUCCUUUAAGGGGUGUUUGAAGAGCAUUGAAGUCAACAGAGCAAAGAUGGGUCUCUCCAAUACAAUAGUCACCAAGGAUAUAUCAGUCGGUUGUGAGCCUGAAAGAGCACCAGAACUAUUGAGUACUGUAAGCCCAACAAGUACUCCAGCAUCCCUCUUUCACCUAGUGACUCCAACACCGUCAUUUUACAUGUCCACCCUCGCAAGAGGUUUGGACAGAAGGUACGGCUCAAAUUUUAUGCACUUUAAAAACCUUGUGGUCCAGGAAGGUGGUCGAGCAUCUCUUGAAGCCAAACACAUCAAGGUUCUCUUGGAUUUCAAGAAACUUGGCAUCCGACAGUCUCAGAUCAUGUUCAGAAUUCAAGAGCAGCCAGUUCGAGGUCAGAUAAGGCUUGAUGUUGAUCAGGAUCAAGAAGAGAACACCUUCAGCAUGUUGGACCUUUGGCAUGGACGAGUCAUGUAUAUCCAUGGAGGCUCAGAGGAACUGGAUGACUUCUUCAUGUUUUCAAUUUAUUCUAGCAGCAGAAAGCAAGUCCCUGAUUAUCUUAAGGACAACAAACUUUACCGCUACAAUAUCACUGUGACACCUACAAACGAUGCACCUGAAUUAAGUCUUCCUGAAGGAAAUCUCUUUGUCCUGUUGGAACACUCAAAGAAACGCCUCACCACUGAUAUUUUGAAGGCCACGGACAUUGACAGCAACUUCACCGACCUUUUCUUCUCCGUGCUUGGAAAUCUGAACGCUGAUGCAGGAUAUUUGGAAAUAGAAAACAACCCUGGCAAGGCAGUGACCUCUUUCUCAUAUUUAGACUUGGAGGAAAUGAGAGUGUUCUAUGUUCACACCGGAGUUCGAAACUCAAGGAUAGUUCUGAGAGUCAGUGACGGGGAAAAGGUUAGCAACACCGUGGUGGUGAGGGUCAUGGCUGUAGCGCUGGAGUAUAAGAUUGCCAAUAACACGGGUCUUCAAAUAAUUCAGGGAGAGGCGGCUAUAAUUGGUUCAAAGCAGCUGGCUGUGCAAACCAAUGCUGUGAAGCAGCUUGUAGACAUUCGGUAUGAUAUCAUUGAACCCCCUCAGUAUGGAGAGCUUCAGAGACUUCACUCAAGUGGUGAAUGGAGGUCGACUGACUCGUUCUCCCAAAGGCUUCUGGAAAAAGAGAGACUUAGGUAUGUAAGCUCCUUUCAGGAAAUCCAGACAGCCAAUGCAACAGAUUACUUCAAGAGUAAAGUUACUGUGGCUACAAAGGCAACAACAGAAAUCCUGUUCCCAAUCACUGUGAGGUGGGUCAAGUACCACCUGGUGAGGAACGUUAUGUUACAUUUAGAUAAAGUUAGAAAAGUGACACUGGACUCUGAUAGUCUUUUUGCCACAGCUGAAGGUGUGGACCUCUCAGAGGACGAGCUUUCUUUUUGUGUUCUGACCAUACCAAAGAAAGGGAAACUCCUGCUGGACACCACCGUCUUGGGGAAGAACUCGACCUUUAGCCAAAGAGAUGUCACAAAUCUGAAAGUCCAUUAUGAGCUAGUUGACCGGCCUUAUGAAGACACAAGUGACAGGUUCAAAUUUCAGCUGCUUUCUAAACAUGCACAGUCACAAAACUAUGAUUUCCAGUUCUCCAUCAAAGCUGAUGUCAACAGCGUGUUUAUAAAAAAUGACGGACUCUCACUUCUGGAAGGGGAAAGUAAACUCAUCACUAAAGAUGAGCUGUUUGCAGAGACUUUGAGUACAAAGGACAUGUACUACACUGUCAUUAGCAGCCCCAAGCAUGGUAAGCUAGCCCGUAUUAGCCAGUCAAAUUCCAACGCUAGCUACAAUAACAUCUUAACUUUUAGUAAUCAGGAUAUUUUGGAGGAACGGAUCAUGUACAUCCACGAUGACGGUGAAACAACCAGAGAUGAGUUUCGUUUCAUCGCCUCCACCAGUCAAGGGUUCAAAUCUUCCAUUGCAGAAGAUGAAAUUGGAUCCAAAGAGGGAGUUUUCAACAUCUCUGUUGAGUUAGUCAAUGAUCAAAAGCCGGUACGUGUUGUUGAUAAAGUUUUCCAUGUAGUAAGGGAUGGACAGAGGCUACUCACUUUAGAGGAUUUGCGUUAUCGAGAUGCAGACUCUGACUUUGAUGAUGGCCAAUUGAUUUACACUCGACGUGGGAUCCCAAUGGGCGACCUGGUGCUGGUAAAUGACACCACUCAUAGACUGUUCCAGUUUCGACAGAGAGAUCUGGAAGAAAAGAGAGUUUUGUUCAUUCACAAAGGCGUGAGCACUGGCAGGUUUGUGCUCUUUGUCUCAGAUGGAAAACAUUUUGUAUCAAGCCUGUUAGACAUCAGUGCUCAUGACGCUUUCUUGAGAGUUGGCAACAACACCGGUCUACUGGUUCAGAAGGGCCAUUCAGUAACCUUUUCCACCAGUAAUUUUAGCAUCAUGUCAAACUUAGACAUCAGAGAUGGCCACGAGGUGAUCUUCAUGUUGGAUGAGGCUCCCAAGUAUGGAGGACUUUAUCUCAAUGAAACCAAAGUGGAGUCAUUCUCACUGUUGGAUUUAAAGGAUGGGCUGAUCAAAUAUCGGCACCAUGGCAGCAAACACCUGGCAGACCAUUUCAACGUAACAGUUAAAGCCAAGGGUCUUCAGCUUACAGAGAGGAUCAAUGUGAAGGCUUACCUGGAAAGUCAUCAGAGGCCACCCAUCGUGCAGCAUCACAACACCUUACUAGUGGAAGAGGGGAAACCAGCAAAGAUCGAUGAGACUAUAUUAGAGGUCACUCAUGAGGACAACCUGCCAUCUGAGAUUGUAUUCACAGUGACGGCCGGCCCGUCUCAUGGCUUUCUCCGGCGUUUUGUGGAAGCAGAGGAGCGCUACAUCGGAACUAAACAGUCCCCUGUCAAGACAUUUACCCAAGAGGAUGUUAACAGUGGGAACAUUCAGUACAUGCAGGUGGAGCCCAGCAAAGUCAACGACACUUUCAUCCUCGAUGCCACCAACGGGGUCACUGAUGUCGGUGACAUUAGGAUGCCUGUUGACAUCAUCCCAAGCCUCAUCCCACUUCAGGUCUCCAAUUUCACGCUGAACGAGGGAGCCUCAAAGGCACUCACCCAGGAUGUGCUCAAAGUGAUCAACCGACACUUUGCUGGGAUUAACUUCCUGUAUAGUUUGACCGAGCCCCCUCAGCAUGGCCACAUUGAGCACUCCCGACACCCUGGUAUACCCAUAACCUCUUUCAGCAGGAGGCAGGUGGAGCAUGAAUUCAUUUACUACGUGCACGACAACAGCGAAACAUUAGCUGACAACUUCACCGUAGUGGCCAACGACACAGGCCUGAGGAAGCAGAGUGCAGCACAGACGGUGUACAUCCAGGUUACAGCUGUCAACGACGAGCCUCCUGUUAUUACAGCCAACCGCGUCCUCAGGGUUUGGGUGUCCUCAGUGACUGAGAUCAGGCCGGAGGAUCUAAGAGCCCAGGACCUUGAUAGUCCCCCAGAGGAGCUGUACUUCAUGGUAACUCCAGCCAGCAACGGACACCUGGCCCUGAAAAGUGCCCCCAUGAAGAUCGUGCUCAACUUCACCCAAGCGCACAUCGACCAGGGACAGCUGCUGUUUGUUCACAAAGGUGCCAUGUCUGGAGGAUUCAACUUCCAAGUUAACGACGGCAUAAACUUCACUCCCAGGCAGAUCUUCAGCAUCACUGCCAAAGCUCUAGUGCUCAGUUUAGAGAAGAACCGUCCUCUGAAGGUGUUUCCAGGCUCUUCUGCACCAAUCACAAACGAGGAUCUACAAGCAGUGACCAAUGACAUCAGCAACACUUCAAACCGCAUUAUUACAUAUAAUGUGAUUCGGCAACCUAAACUGGGGCGUCUGGUGAUGAAACAGUCUGACAAUUCAACAAUGGACAUCUCAACGUUCACACAGGAUAUGGUGGACAGGAAAGUGGUGGUGUAUGUUCAGUCCCCCAUCGAGUCAGUGGGCUGGGAAGCCAUGGACUCUAUGACCUUCUCUGUGGCAUCACCGCCUACCUCUCUGGACAGCCAGACCUUCAAAAUAGACAUUUCCUAUGAGAAUACUGGACCUGAACACAACACAGUCCUGCUUGCAAACACAGGUGCUGAGCUACUGGAAGGGGAGAGUGUGGUUAUCGAUGAAUCCAAGCUGGAUGCCACUAACCUAAUGACCAAGUUGCCGACACCUCAGCGGAGUUCUAAUGAGGUCUGGUUCCAGGUUACAUCCCUUCCUCAGCAUGGCGUUAUAGUGGUUGGCGAGAGGAACCUCACCAAGGAGAAACCCAACUUCUCCCAGUUCAUUGUCAACAAAUACGGUAUCACCUACAAGCACGACAACUCAGAGACAACACAUGAUUCUUUUGUAUUCAGCGCAUGGACUAAUCCUAAAGGUAAAACAGCACAGCGACCUGAAGAUGACAGUGAUGUUAUUGAGGAGGGCUUUAACAUCACAAUCACACCUGUUAAUGAUCAGCCACCUUUGCUUAAAACCAAAGCUCCAAGUCUGAGGGUGGUGCAAGGAGAUUCGGUCGCCAUCAGCCCAGAGAAUCUCAAAGUUGAAGACUUAGACAAUCCCCCUGAUAAUAUUAAGUUCUCUGUGAUUAGUAAGCCAAACAAUGGUUACCUAGCUCUUAAAGGAAGUUUGAAUGAGUCGGUGGUGGCUUUCACUCAAGCCCAAAUCAAUGACGGAAGUGUCUAUUUCAUCCACGAUGGGAGCUCUGUCUCCGGGGUGUUCUACUUCAGUGUCACCGAUGGCCAUCAUAAACCAAUAUAUAAACUUUUUAACCUAGAAGUGACUGAAAUCACAAUAUCUGUGGUCAACAACUCUGGAAUGACACUGGAGCAAGGCAAGACUUCAGUAUCAUUGACUCAGGCCGAGCUGGCUGCUGAGACUAAUGGGAAAAACAUCACCAUUCACUACCAGAUCACAAGGCCUCCAAACUUUGGGAAACUCCUAAAGGAUAACCAAGAGGUUACGCGGUUUGAACAGGAGGAUCUCCAGACUGGAAGGUUGUCCUACCAUAUGACCUCUCUGACCUCUGCUCAAGACAGCUUUGAGUUCACUGCCUUCACUUCAGAGGCAAACCUGACUGGUCAAGUGCUCAACAUAACUGUCACACCUGUGAUCCAGGUUGGCAAAGGUGUGAGGGUUCCCAUUGGGAUUGAUGUCAAACUCAACACUAACUUACUAAACGCCUCUGAACUGGCAAAAAUCAGUGAUAGUGACCCCGUAUUUGAAAUCAUCUCCCAUCCCAAGUAUGGGAAGGUGGUUCGGACAAAUGCUAAAUUGUCAAGGAAAGCUGUUCCAGUGGAGUCGUUCACUUUUCAGGAGGUGAUGCAGGAAAAGGUAGCCUUGAAACUCAAUGCCAACAUGACUGGAGUGCAAGAGCUGAAUGACUCCCUGGUGUUUGUAUUGAAAGCGAACAACAUCCAACCUGCGAAAGGAGAGUUCCACUUUACAGUUGUGCCAUAUGAUCCAGCACUUUUUCCAACUACAAAGAGUCCUGUGCCAACCACAUCAACUGCUCCACAAACACCAAACCAGACCUCAAGAAAUGGAACUGUCUCACCAUUCAUGUCCACUGCUUUCUUCACCACACAGCAGCCGAGCAAAAACCACCAAAAGUUCAAGGCACGCAACCGAUGGGGUAACUCCAACAGAACAAACAUUUUUGGUACAACUCUUGGCAAAACAACGCGUGGACCGGAGGAUCUUCCCUUUAGGAACACACCAGUUCGUGUAGAGUCGUACCCUCAAAAGACUUCCAAUCCUCUCCUGGUCAUCCUUCCCUUGCUGGCUCUGCUUCUUCUUGUAAUCAUCUUUGUAGUCCUUGUUGUCUUUCUUCGACACCACAGGGUAAGGAAGCAAAGCACUCCUACACCAAAUGAACAACCCUCCACUGGUCUUCCAAGCAGUCAGUCCUACCAUGGUCAAGCCCAGAGAAGCACAACAGUUCCCACUGUGACUGUCACUCCACUGAAGCACACCAGCCCAGGGAGCCCUGUUUUUGAUCGUCAAUCACCAGUGACUCAGGGCUCAGCUUAUAACACCAUUGAUUCAAACAUUCUCAUAAGCUCUUGGAGUAGUGGUUCCCCUGCGUCUUCUUCUCAAAUCAUUCACACCCCAACUCCAACUCUGCAGAAGAAUCAGUACUGGGUAUGAUCCUGCAUGAACCAACUUGUAGCUUUGUGAAAAAUCAGUUCUGUUACAGGUGUUGGUACCAGAUGUAAGUGUUGUUAUGAACGCUGAUGAUGCAAUAAUCUGUUACAGGUUUCCACCUUAAAGCUGUAUUUAUCCAUAUUUUGUUUUAAUAUGAAAUCUAAUUAAGAUAUCAUAUUCAAAGGGUUUUACUUUUGGUGCAAACUUUCACUCACAUAUGCAGCUUUACGAAGACUUUAGCUAGUUGUUUGGGGUUUAUGAUAUUUCACUUUAUGGCUCAGUUUCUACAAUCGUGUUUCCAGAAGGAGCUGGCUGCAUCCACCAAGCAACAACAACAAAGCAAAGAUGGUAACUAGAGAAGUUAGAAUAAUAAUGGUUAAGUUAGAUGAAGAUCAGAGUGUUAUUCAAGAGUUGAUGGCGUCAUAACCAGAGCUAGAUGUCUUCAUAUGGCCAGAAAAGGCCAAACUUCAAGAGGCUGUUUGCUUUCUUGUAGUUUUUUGCCCCCUAGUGGCCAGAAAUGGGUUCCUGUAGCUUUAAGGUUAGGUAAAGAAGUAAACUACUGUAGCCAAAGUACUUUGCAAUACAUUUAUCAACAUUACCACUUUUAUUUUCUUUGAGUUGUAUCAUUCAUUGAAACACUGGUUUACAACCCAGCCGCUGCUGACUGACUUUUCCGAAACACUUAGCAUUGUGUUAAAGUCUGACCUGUGUUUGGUGCCUAAUGUAUGUUAAAUAACUCAAACUGUCAUCUUGUCCGUAUGCACGUUGAAGUUUAUUACGCAAUCAGUUAUCAUGAGAUGAUGCAAAUAACAGGUUGAAACUGUGAAUUAUAAGACUGACACUGGCACAGAGAUGUAUUGUCUAAGCAUUUCUAUUGAUUGUGCAUAUUUUGUAUUGCUGUUAUGUAUUAUAUAAUGUAGUAUAAGGACUUUUUUAAACUCAGGUAUUUUGUUGACCGUCAUUUACUUGUCAUGUAACUUGAAUAAGGGUGUUGUAAAAAACUGGGUUCCUUGUCUAACAUUACAGGACUGGUCAUUAUAAAGUUAUUAUUUCUGCUUCACAGUAUCGCUGUACCUUGAUGGGACUCUGGUUUUGAACCACUGUAUGAACCACCGUCUUUAUAACCCUGAUCAAAUCACACUGGUUAAAAUAACAGCACUGUUUUUCACCUUUUUUUUAAUAUAUAUUUUAUUACUCACAAUAUUUAUAUAUUUUUUGAAGUGUGCACAAAAAAUUAAGGUACUGAUAUUUAAGGUUAACAAAUCUGUGCUGUACUCUACCCACUUACACCUCAGUUAUUUGAUCUACGGUUGAAUACAGAAUAAGAAUUACCUUCAGUAGUAAGGCAAUAAUUAUCUGGCAUCAGGUCAAGUUGUCAGUCUGGACAAGAAAUAGAAUAUGUCUUUCAGGUGCGUGCUGUGAACGGUAUCCUUUCUUCAACACUAAUAGGUUCGACCUGCAUCCACAGAUUCUCCAGAUGACCUACUGAAGGCCUUGGUGGUUUGACACUGUAAUGAUGUAUCUACUGUAAAUUACAGGCACUGUUCUGACUGUUUUGUCAAUCUAUGGGAGAUGAGAAUAUGCUCUCACAGAAAACUGUUGUUAACUUGUAAUGUUAUGAAAUAAUUUUGUACUGAAGAAAAGUGUCUAUCCACUGUAUUCCAGUCUCAUCUGAAAGAUUUAACCUGCUGUGUAACAAAAGUGUCAUAUUUAUUUAUACCUUAUUUUUAAUAAACCACUUUAAAACGUU